ACAGAGCACAGAUACCCUUGUCACUUGCGUUGAGUUUCCGCUUCCUGGCUGGUGUGAACUGCAAAGUAAGUGCCUUGCCAGCUCCAGACUGCGUGUGACACCGCUUUCGCAUGGUUUUAAUCUGCCAGAGAGGGGGACGACAAUGGCUGAGAGCAGUCGCCGCUUCGCCAGAGGUCGAUUCAAACCCGGCACGGCCACUGAAAUGAGACAGAGUGCUCCCGUCGCCUUCAAAAGAGCAUCGCUGAUAACGCAAGAAAAGCCUAAAAUCGUUGAACCACUGGACUAUGAGGCAGUGAUUGAAGAACUUGAGGGCCAAAUUCAGGAUCACCCUCUCAAAGACAUCUUGCUCUUUCCAGACAACGAUUUCUCUGCAUCAUCGAGCCUGCGGGAACGGCGUACCAUAUAUUCCACUGUGCCUGAGGGGGCAGAAAAUGAAGCAGAAAGUCUCCUUGUGAAACAGGCCUGUAAAUACUACAAUUCCAACUGGAAUACUGUGAGUUACAAGUAUGAAGCCUAUUCAGGGGAUCUCAAACAGUUACCUCGAAAACAGUUUAAACCAGAGAAACUGCCAUCACAUUCGUUUGAGAUUGAUCAUGAUGAUGUUGAAAAAGAUGAGGAUACUACAUCUCUAUCCUCUUCGAAAGGAGGGGGCGGAGGAGGAGGAGGCAUGGGAGUUUUCAAGUCUGGCUGGCUUCACAAAGGGAAUUUUAAUAGCAACGUGAAUAACAGCAUCACUGUCCGAUCCUUUAAGAGACGGUACUUCCAACUAACACAGUUAUCCGAUAACUCCUAUAUCAUGAAUUUUUACAAAGAUGAGAAAAUUUCCAAAGAGCCAAAGGGUUGUAUCUUUCUGGACUCUUGUACAGGGGUUCUGCAGAAUAGCAAACUUCGCCGUUACGCGUUUGAGUUGCAAAUGAGCAACGUGACGUACUUUGUGCUAGCAGCUGAUAGCGAGCAGGACAUGGAGGACUGGAUCUCCACCCUGAACCGCAUCCUCCAGAUCAAUCCAGAAGGGUCCAGUCAGGAAAGAAAAAGUGUGGACCUUACAGACGUCAAACAGGAUGACAUUCCAGAGGAUGAAAUAACAGAUAUUAUUUUAAAUGAUGAAAUAGAUUCUGAGGAUGCCAUCCAUCCGGAAUUAGCAAAGUAUAUUAUGGAGACAGAGGAGACCAUAAAGCUGUCCCGAAAUGUAAACCGAUUGAACCUAUUUUCACUUGACCCCGACAUACCCAUCCUCAAAACACAAAAGGCGGACAUUACUGUGAAUGAGCCGUUGGUGAGGCCUUACGACCUGAAGAUGGGCAAGCGUAUCAUGGUUGUAUGCAAGUCACUUGUCUUAAAUCUUCAGGCAUGUGUCAAUGAAAUUGAAAGUGGUCUGCUGACUAAUAUUGAACCAUUUUUCAUCAGUCUUGCCCUUUUUGAUAUCCGAGAAAACAGAAAAAUAUCUGCAGACUUACACGUGGACUUAAAUCUGGAGAGUGUUAGACAACUGGUGACUGGAUCCUUGGCCUGGGCAGAAAAUGGAGAGAAAUACGUGGCUGGAGAAGAGAAGUCUGGAGAGCCGCAGCUACGAGGUUUUCCCGAAGAAUGGUUAAAAUACCCUAAGCAGGGCAUUUUCUCUGUAUCAAACCCACACACCGACAUCAUGCUAGUGGCAAAAGUAGAAAAAAUACUAAUGGGAAGCAUUCAAAGCUGUGCUGAACCCUACAUUAAGAGUUCAGACUCCAGCAAGACUGCCCAGAAAGUUCUAAAGUCUAACAAGCCAUUUUGUAAUAAGUUGGCCAAGUACCGUAUGCCAUUUGCAUGGGCAGUGAGAUCAGUAUUCAAAGACAAUCAUGGAACAAUAGAUCGAGAUUCUCGCUUCUCUCCUCUCUUCAGGCAAGAGGCCAAUAAGAUUUCCACGGACGACUUGCUGAAAUUAGUAACGGAAUUCAAAAGAGCAGACAAAAUGAGCAAAGUACAAACCAUACCUGGUAAUCUUGAUAUAUCAGUACACUCUGUGCCCAUCGAACGUCCAAAUUGUGUUACCUCAUCCUAUGUGCCUGUUAAACCCUUUGAGGACCCAAAUAAGUAUGAACUCGCCAUAGAAGUUGAAGAGUUUGUGCAAGAAUCUGCAAAAUAUUCCCAGCCUUAUACAGUGUACAAAAAUCAUCUUUAUAUUUAUCCUAAACAUUUGAAAUAUGACGGUCAGAAGUGCUUUGCAAAGGCAAGGAACUUAGCUGUGCGGAUAGAGUUCAGGAGUUCGGAUAAGGAACAUGCCCAACCAUUGAAGUGCAUUUAUGGAAAAGCAGGAGGGUCGGUGUUCACAACAGCAGCACAGACUGCAGUUCUACAUCACGUCCAGAACCCAGAUUUCAACGAUGAGGUGAAAAUUGAACUUCCCACUCAGUUGAACGAGAAACAUCACAUUCUUUUUUCAUUCUAUCACAUCAGUUGUGACCUUGCUACAAAAGGUGGCUCCAAAAAGAAAGAGGCAUUGGAAACGCAAGUUGGAUAUGCCUGGCUACCUGUUUUGAAAGACAGUAGACUAGCAUCUCAUGAGCAGUCCAUUCUUGUCGCAGCCAAUCUUCCAGCUGGCUAUCUCAGUUAUCAAAACCUAACACCGGGGAAGGCAAACGGACCUGAUAUGAAGUGGGUUGAUGGAGGGAAGCCACUCUUCAAAGUCUCUAUCCAUGUCGUAUCUACAAUCUAUACACAGGAGGAAAGAUUAAAUAACUACUUCCAGGAGUGCCAAAAAGUGGAGCGUGGAGGGUCACAGUCUUCAUCUUCAGAAUUUGUCAAGAGCAUUGAGGGUCUUCUUGGCAUGGAAAAGAUUCACGUGAUUGUACAUUUCCUUCCUGUCCUUCUCAAUCAGCUGCUCUACAGCUUGAUACAGACUGAAGAUAGUCUACUUGCUACUGCCACCAUCAGAGCUAUUGUUGACAUUGUUGCCAAGUGCCAUGAAGAACACUUAGACAAUUAUCUCCGCUCGUACGCUAAGUUUAUUUUCAAGGCUGAAUACUCUGAAUUGAAUCAGAAAACAAUUCAUGAAGAGCUUUUAAAAGGCAUCACUGAGGUUUUGAUAUCUUCAGAAGAGACGGAAUUCAAACGGAUGCUGAAGCAUCUGUGGUUCUUCUUUGAAAUUGUUUUAAAGUCACUGGUGCAGUAUUUGGUUGGUGAAGACAAGAGACUACAGCUAAAGCGUAUUGAGAGGUUUCCAUCAUCCUAUCACAGUGCAAUGGAAAUGCUGGUGACGACCCUGGGAGACCUAAUUUACAAAACCUUCAGAGACACUGAAGAGGAAACUAAGGAGGCUAACCAUUAUCUCGCCAUGUUUGUAAAGCGAUGUUUUACCUUCAUGGACAGAGGAUUUGUAAUGAGGCUGAUUGGUAGCUAUAUGAACAUUUUCAAUGCUGGGGAUCACAAGACUCUUUUCGAAUACAAGUUUGACUUCCUGCAUGAAAUUUGUAACCACGAGCACUUCAUUCCUCUCAACUUACCGAUACUAUUUUUCAAGAGUAAAUCAGGAAAUGAAGGUUCACAGCCAGAAUAUACCCUGACAAGUGAAUUUUGUCGCAAUCAUUUUCUCGUUGGCUUGCUGCUCCGGGAAGUUGCAUUUGCACUUCAAGAAGACCAAGAUGUUAGACAUCUUGCAAUUGCUGUCCUUAAAAAUCUUUUGGCUAAACAUUCGUUUGAUGACAGAUACUCAGGAAAAAGCCAACAGGAACUGCUAGCCACUUUGUACCUGCCAUUGUAUGGAAUAAUUCUGGACAACCUUCCGCGAAUCUUUAUGAAGGACAUGUUUCCAUUCAAUCAGAGUUCCUCAAAUCCGGGCUCGAAAGAUGACCUCAGUACCACAGGUGGGUCACAGCAUCAGUUAACAACAGCAAUAAGGAAUACAAAUUCAUUGGAAACUUCAGCCUCGAAAGAUGUUAUGAAUUCAAUAGCAGUUUUAUCGUCUGUGCCGAUUUCAACGGUGUCCAAUGAAGACUCAAAAGGUUCACAUGGUAGUUUGGAUUCUGCUUCUGGUACAUGUGAGAAAAUGAGCGAAAGACCUGAUUCCUCUGAAAAGGCUUACUCAAGACCUUUAUCUUUAAUUGGAUCUGCUAUCCGAUUUGACAAAUUAGAUCAAGCUGAAAUGAAAAGUCUGCUCACAUGUUUCCUUCACAUUAUGAAAACUAUUUCUGUGGAGACUCUUAAAGCCUACUGGUCCAAAUCCCCACAUUCAGAACUGACAGAUUUCUUCAAUAUUUUAGAAGUUUGUAUUCAACAUUUCAAAUUUCUGGGGAAGAGGCAGGUGGCAAGGAAAUUAGCCGCAGCUGCCAAACUUGCACAAGCCAGCCAGAGUAAUGGAACUCUCAAAGGAUCCAACCCUCACCAAAGUUCUGGACUUCUCUCUCAAUGGAUGCAUUCAGGCCAAGAUGGCCACAGGCAUGCAAGGUCACAGACCAUGCCUAUAAUACGUGGAAAAAAUGCUUUAUCGCAUCCAAAACUAUUACAACUGAUGGAUGCCUCCAAUAUAAUGCUCAAUGGUGCUCCAGCUGAGAUAGAUACUUUGCAUCUCAUAGAUGUUGAAGCAAAUAUUGCAACAGAAGUGUGCAUCACAGUGCUCGAGAUCAUUUGUCUUUUCACCCAGAACCAUCAGAGGCAACUGCAACAGGAUGAUGGUCAGAAUUCAAUGAUGAGAAAACUUUUUGACACUUACUUGCUGUUCCUGCAAGUCAAUCAGUCAACGGCUGCUUUGAAACAUGUGUUUGCAGCUCUCCGGCUAUUUGUUAACAAGUUUCCUUCAGCUUUCUUCCAAGGCCGAGCAGAGCUUUGUGGCACACUCUGCUAUGAAAUCUUAAAAUGUUGUAACCAUCGGUCGAGUUCAACCCAAAAUGAGGCCUGUGCCCUGCUUUAUCUUUUCAUGAGAAAGAAUUUUGAAUUUACAAAAGGAAUCUCAAUCGUCAGAUCACACCUUCAGCUUAUCAAAGCCGUGAGCCAACUGAUAGCAGAUGUGGGGAUGGGAGGCACUCGAUUCCAACACUCGUUAGCGAUAAUUAACAAUUUUGCAAAUGGAGAUAAACCUAUGAAAAACACUCUGUUUCCCGUGGAAGUGAAAGACUUGACGAAGCGAAUAAGAACGGUGUUAAUGGCCACAGCUCAGAUGAAGGAGCAUGAGAAGGAUCCAGAGAUGCUGAUUGACCUCCAGUACAGUCUGGCCAACUCGUACGCCAGUACCCCUGAACUGCGAAUGACCUGGCUUGAGAGCAUGGCUAAGAUUCAUAUCCGAAACGGAGAUGUAUCAGAGGCUGCAAUGUGCUGCAUUCAUAUCGCUGCUCUUAUAUCGGAGUAUCUGAAAAGAAGAGGUUAUUGGAAAACAGAAGGAAUGCGUUUAUCCACCACCUUCCCAGAGGAUUCACAUAAUCCUGACAGUAACCAAUUACUAAUAUCACACCAAGGAAGAAGUUUAUUUUCAAUGGGAUGGACAGCCUUUCAAACAAUUACCCCCAACGUGAAAGAAGAGGGUGCAAUGAAGGAAGACAGUGGAAUGCAGGACACCCCAUAUAGUGAGGAUACUCUUGUGGAGCAGCUGGAGGCAUGUGUUGAUUACCUGUGGAAAUCGGAGAGACAUGAACUUAUUGCGAAUGUCUACAAACCUGUUAUUUUGGUUUAUGAGAAGAAGAGAGAUUUCAAGAAACUGUCAGAAUUAUACUACAACAUUCACCGAUCCUAUCUUAAGAUCACGGAGGUUGUACAUUCGGAGAAGCGAUUGUUUGGAAGAUACUACCGAGUUGCCUUUUAUGGGCAGGCUGUGGCAUUCUUUGAAGAAGAUGACAGCAAAGAAUAUAUUUAUAAAGAGCCCAAGCUAACUGGCCUGUCAGAAAUUUCUCAGAGAUUGUUGAAAUUAUAUUCAGAUAAAUAUGGGGCAGAGAAUGUGAAAAUGAUUCAAGAUUCUAACAAGGUCAAUCCUAAAGAGUUGGAUCCAAAGGUUGCUUAUAUCCAGGUCACCUACGUCACACCAUAUUUUGAUGAGAAAGAACUUACUGAAAGGAGAACAGACUUUGAGAGACAUAACAAUAUCAAACGUUUUGUGUUCGAGACCCCUUUUACCCUGUCUGGGAAAAAGCACGGGGGUGUCGAAGAACAAUGCAAAAGGAGGACAAUCUUAACAACUGGUCAAACAUUCCCAUACGUGAAGAAGAGGAUUCAAGUUAUUAACCAGCACAGUACGGAACUGAAUCCCAUUGAAGUGGCCAUUGAUGAAAUGUCAAGGAAGGUUUCAGAACUCAAUCACCUGUGCUGUAUGAAUGAAGUGGACAUGAUACGUCUACAGCUCAAACUACAAGGCAGUGUCAGUGCCAAGGUAAAUGCAGGGCCUAUGGCUUAUGCUUGGGCUUUUCUCGACGAUACAAAUGCAAAAAUAUAUCCGGACAACCAAGUAAAGCUUCUGAAAGACAUAUUCAGGCAAUUUGCUGCUGCAUGUGGCCAUGCCCUGGAGGUUAAUGAACGGCUGAUUAAAGAAGACCAACUAGAAUACCAGGAGGAGAUGAAAUCUCACUAUAGAGACCUGCUCAGUGAGUUAUCGACUGUCAUGAAUGAGCAGCUGAACUCUGCUUUCACUUUUUCAAGUUUCUACUCUUCUCAGUCUAUUAUCUCCUUCACUGCUGCUCCUAGCACCGGUUGUAUACGGGGAGGAUGUGACAAAGCACCAAGGAAUGGAACGGUAGCACGUGCUCAGAGUUAUCAGUAGAACCACCACCACCUCCAACCAGGAGUAAAAGUCACAUCAAACUCAGAUUAACACCACUCCCUCUUCACCAAAUUACUGUAUAAUUGUUGUCGGAUUUCUACCACUGGAAAUGUUAGAAGCUACAAUUUAAAUGUAUAAUGUACAAAAAAAAAUGUUUUAUUAUCCUAAAGUUACAAUUGCAGAUGAGUGUUACAAACUCAGCUUUUGUAGUUUGUCUUUGCAUCAUCCUGGCGAUAUCUGCACUAUUUACAUAUUUUUAUUGCCCUGUGACUUUUAUUACGCCGUUGGAUAUGUAUAAUAGAUCCAGUAUGAAUGUACAGUGCUUUUAGUAAGCUAUUGGGUAUCUAACAUUUUGUUUGCUAGUACUGUUUUACAUGGAAAUAGUGGUAUUUUAUGAACUUGGCUAUUUUAACUGUAAAUAUUGACCUUCCUGUGUAAAUUAGAUAUUUUACAAUGAAUUAAGUGGACAUACUGAUAAAACGAUGUUAACCAUAAAAUAACAAUGUUUUUAAAUAAAAUAUAUAAAAUUUUGAGUAAA